CUAGAUUUCGGUCCCUCGCCUUUUUCCUCUAGGGCUCGCAGCACUCGGGGAAGAGGAGGGCGCAUCUCUCCUCCCGGGACUCCAUCAUGGGCAAUGAGUCCAAUGAUUCCCGGGCCGAGGACUGCGAGACUCGACAGUGGCUCCCCUCGGGCGAAAGCCCAGCUAUCAGCUCCGUGAUGUUCUCGGCCGGGGUGUUGGGAAACCUCGUCGCGCUGGCGCUACUGGCUCGCCGCUGGCGGGGGGACGCGGGGCACGGCGCCAACCGCGGGAGUUCCAUUUCCUUGUUCCACGUGCUAGUGACCGAGCUGGUGUUCACCGACCUGCUCGGGACCUGCCUCAUCAGCCCCGUGGUGCUAGCGUCGUAUGCGCGGAACCAGACUUUAGUGGCGCUGGAGCCGGAGAGCCGCGCGUGCACGUACUUCGCCUUCACCAUGACCUUCUUUAGCCUGGCCACGAUGCUCAUGCUCUUCGCCAUGGCCCUGGAACGUUACUUAUCCAUUGCGCACCCCUACUUCUACCAGCGCCACAUCACGCGCCGCGGGGGCCUGGCGGUGCUGCCCGCCAUCUACGCCAUCUCACUGCUCUUUUGCUCCCUGCCGCUUCUCGACUACGGGCAGUACGUCCAGUACUGUCCUGGGACGUGGUGCUUCAUCCGGCACGGGCAGACUGCGUACCUGCAGCUCUACGCCACCCUGCUCCUGCUCCUGAUCAUCGCAGUGCUCGCCUGCAACUUCAGUGUCAUCCUCAAUCUUGUCCGCAUGCACCGCCGGGCCAGGAGAAGCCGCUGGGGACACUCCUUGGGCAGCGGCAGGGGCGGCCCUGGGACCCGCAGGAGAGGGGUAAGAAUGUCCAUGGCGCAGGAGACGGACCACCUCAUCCUCCUGGCCAUUAUGACCAUCACUUUCGCCGUCUGCUCCUUGCCUUUCACAAUUUUUGCGUACAUGAAUGAAACUUCUUCCCGAAAGGAAAAAUGGGAUCUCCAAGCUCUUAGAUUUUUAUCAGUUAAUUCAAUAAUUGACCCUUGGGUCUUUGCCAUCCUUAGGCCUCCUGUUCUGAGACUGAUGCGUUCAGUACUCUGUUGUCGGGUUUCAUUAAAAACACAAGACGCUGCACAAACUUCCUGUUCUACACAGUCAAAUUCUGGUAAACAGGCUGAACUUUGUGGACAGUAGUUAAGAAGUACUUAGUUAGCUAGCAUCUGGAAGAUCAUUUUGAAAUGAUUCCUUGGAGAAAUGAAAAAAUUAGUGUAUAAACAAAAUGAAGCUACCCUAAUGAAAUGUAGUAAACAAACAUGUAAGCGGUAGUUUGGGCCAUAGAUGUGUUGACAAGGCACUUCAUGGAAGGUGUCAGAAAGGAUCUAUAAAGUCUACCCUUAAUAAGGAUGUUAUGUGGCCCUUAGAACAGCCAACUGCAUUUAAGAUCUAAUUGCCUUUAGAUUUAAUGAGAAAGCAGGUGGUUUUGCAAUUUGUUUAAAACCCUAAAUAGUUAGUGUCUCUUCUAUUUUAAACUUCUGUGCUACUACAUUAUAAAUGUCUAUGUUACUACAUUAUAUGGUGUACAGUCAGACCUGAUAAAAUUUUAUUUGUAUUCUCUAGGAAGUCAAUAUGUGGAAUCAGCCAAGGCUACUGUCUCAUGAGGACUUAAUGAAUCCUUUAUUUGGACAAUGAAGUUGAAAAUUAUAAGCACUUUUUAUUAUAAUGUCUGUGUAUGUGGGAGUACUUUCUUGUCACUACAGUAUUACUGUUAGAAGAGUGGGCUUACUUCAUUAACAUCUUGUCAGCUUUGUUUGCUAUUUCUCCAGGAGCUAUGUAUGAAAUUGUGAGGUCAUUUAUUUUACAAUACCCAGUUGUGCUAAUGGUAAUCAAGAAAACUUAAGAAAUUUUCCUCUCAACAAGAAAUAAGAGAAAGGUUAUUAAGAGAGUAAAUCCUGAGUAAUGUUCUUCAUUCUGUUUCCAAGGAAGGAUAUAUAUGACUGUGUCUGAAGCCAAAUAUUGGGGUUAAAAACUGAAAAAUCUGGCCAGUACUUCAAAUAUACUGGGACUCUUUUAAUGGUAAUGUUGGGGUCAUGACUAAUGUAUAUUCUUUAUGAGGGGCCUAUGUUGUAGCAAAAUUCAUCUGUCUAUAUUUUUAUUUAGGGAACAGAGUUUGACUUAUAUAGGAAAUCAUGUAAUGGUGAGUCAUAGCUUAACAUAUUUCUAAAUGUAAAUGUUUAGCAUGGUGUAAACUGAACAUCAAAGUAUUUCAGUGAAUUUGCACUGUCUAAUCAUAGUUACUCUGUAAAUUCAUCUGAAAUGGUAUAAAAAUAAACUAUAGAACAGAAGUUUGAAAGCGAAAUAGCAUUUAAUGAACCCCCUCAAAUAAUAUUUUAUAAUUAGCAUAAACAUAAUAUCUUUUAAGUGAGAUGAAAAUGGGAAAAAUAUAUUUAAUUUGUCAGGUUUUUAAAGGGUGAUUGCAUUGUAAUUAGAGUUUAAAAUAUUCAAUAUAGUAUUUGGUAUUUACCGUUCCAGCAUGAUCUUUUAAAUAGUGGAACCACCUUAUUUUUUGAAAUGAGUAUAAAAAAAAAAAAAAGGAUGUUAGUUUUUACCAAAGUCUUAUUGAGUGGUUUCCUCUAAACCAUUUCCUAUAAGUAGCUAUCAAACCAGAUGAUCAUUUAGCGAUUUCAAACCAAUCUAGGCGUCAGUGUACUUUGACACAAAUAAUCCAUGUCAAAUCAGGUCUUAUGUUAAAAAGAAUAAAUAAAUGGUUCCCUUUUCUACAAAUAUAAACAAGUCAGGCAAAAUUUAACUGAACUAAAAUCUGGACAUGUAAAUAAAUCUUCCUUGUCCACCAAGUAAUCUAAAGUUAAGAUACUGUUCUAAAUAGGACUAAUUAGGCCCAUGGGUAAUUCCUACUUUGAAUCUGGAAUAUUGACGUCUUUUAUCAGAUGACAUUUUUUUCCCCUCCAAAUGAAAAUAUUAACUACAGUCCUUCAUCCCACCUCAUCAUCCAAAAAAAAUUCUGGAGUGAUGCCCAAGAACAACAACAAAAAAAAAAAAAAGGCAGAAUUGGACAUAAUAUCACUGGUGGGAACAAAAUGAUUCACUCUGGGAACCAAAAUAUAAGAAUUUAAGCUAUUUUUUGGAGAACUAGUAGAUGUCUAGGUUUUGUUUCUUCAUGUACUCCUGAUCCUUACACUAUGUUAAAUUACUAAAUCCUGCUUUCAUUUUCACCAAUAUAUACAGCACCAAAAACUAAACCCAUUGCCGUUGAGUCAAUUCUGAUUCAUAGCAACCCUAUAGGACAGAGAAGAACUGCCCCAUAGGGUUUCCAAGGAGUGGCUGGUGGAUUCGAACUGCCAACCUUUUGGUUAGCAGCCGAGCUCUUAACCACCGCACCACCAAAACUCCUAAUAUAUUCACAGUAGGAAUUUAAAGAGAGAACCAUAUGUAAUAGUCAAUCAUCUACUAUUAAUGGCAGUUUAAAAGUAGCUUAAAAAAAAGAUUAGACGUAAAAAUGUUACCUUUCUAAAAAUUCUAUUACAGCAAACACACUUGUUUAAGUUAUUGACUCAUUUUCAAGUUAAAUAAAAGAAACACAACUUAACCUGAUAUAUUAGAGAGCUGAACUGUGAUGAAGAAAGACCUAGAUUUUAUUCUCAACACCCCCCACACCCCAGCCAAUGGAAUGAAAAGGUGGAAAGAAACUAAAGCAGAUAUUUACCUCAAUGCCAGCCCUAACUUUAGGCAUCCAGAUGUAGGAUGAGCCCAAGCAGUCUGUUCUGAGCUGAGUUGUUCCUGGAUGGCUCACUGUGGCCCAGGUCAUCUUUCCCAAGACAGAACUGGGAAAUUAUGGUGCUAAAUUGCAGUCUCGCAUCUCCAACGAUCUCAUAGGGACCUGUGUUUGAUUAGAAGCUAUAGAGAGCCUCCAGAAGACCUGAAUCUCAGGGUGGUUUAGAUCAGUGACAGCUUAGAGCCAGACCAGAGCUCCAGAAACCACACCAACCCCAAACCACAAUGCUGGCAGAGGCCCCUGAGCCAGGAAUUGUUCUAAUGUUAAUGUCAAGUCAGCUCUGAUUUGAUUCAAGAGAAGACAAAAUAUUCAGGUUUAGAAUUUGAUGAACUUGAAAGGCAGGGAAAGUCAAUUAGCUCUCACUUAGGGAGAGGGUUUUUUUUUAAUUUCACUUAGCUUAAGCCAAAUCUAAUGGUUUCCUGAGCUUGGGAAGAGUCCCUACUCAAACCAUUCACAGACAGAGAAGCAUUCCUCUCUGCAAAUGAGUACUUAAUACAUGUAGACUUACAGUGCCUACUUUGGUACAGGUAGUAUUGCAACUUGAAUGUCUGAUGACUGUCUCCUGCCUUCAUCAAACACUUAGCACCACUGGAUUUCCUGAGUGCACAUUUGCAACAUACCUCCAAUCACCUAACAGCAUUAUAAUUGAGCUAUUUUUUUUUUGUUACAGCAUUUUGAGUACCUGGAAAGUGCACUAUGGAAAUAAGUGUUAUUUUAAUAAUUCACUAAAGCUACAGUCUAAUUUAUACAUGGGACCAAGGCCAGGUAUUGGGCAUUACUUUUUAUUUCAGAAAGUUUCUUUUUUUUUCUAGUAGCUUUUGUGAUUUUUUUUAUUGUAAGUAAAUUUUCUUGAAUUAUUUUUGUUAUUUCCUACAAAGUGUAUGUACUAUUAAAGAUCAAUUUUGGUGGUUUAAUUCCGUGAUCCAUGUAUUUUAUUUUUAAAAUAUGCAGAGUCAAAUAUAGCCAUUCUUUAAAAAAAAAAAA